UGGUAUACCAAUGGAGCUAUUUCAUAGUGAUCCAAUGCAGCGCCUCCUACUCACUGUCACCGAUGCCGUGUCAUGGGACAACGAUAUUUUCUCUGUGUACAAGGAAUGCAUUGUGAACAAGGACAAGCAUAAUCUGGUGCAUAUCAUCAGCGAGGAGCAGGGAUGCACCUACAGCAAGGCUGUGGAGUUCGCGAGACAAAUGAUCGAUGACACAAUUAUGGAUAUGGAGGCAGCAAUAUCAGAUCUGCGUAAGGCAGCUCCUGAAGGUGCGCUGCACGCAGUGGAGAAGUAUGCAUCGACAUGCCGCAAUUGGGUGUCAGGAUCACACGCGUGGCAUGCCAAAUCACUUCGCUACAAAGCUCACCCUUGAAAUCUGUCUCGGAUAAAUCACUCUGCCAAAUCGAGAGUCGGGCAAAUCAUCCCAUGCGUGUGCGACUGGUCCUCGAUCGUCUUAUCUAUAUUCUGCCGGCUUAUAUUCUCGUCCCUCCAAGCAGGAAAUCCAUCAGAAGCUUCGAGGAAUUUAAUCUCAUUUCCAUCCUCGAGGGGAUCGAAAUGAGAUUUAAUUCCAUCCUUAGCGGAAGAAGGUCCAGACGCUCUGUAGCCUGAUGUUGAAUGGCAACGUAACCAAUUCCAAUUUCAGUCUACAGGAUGUACUGCUGCUCCAUGGGUGGAGUGGUCAAACUCCUUUCUUCCCACAGGAUGCACAGGCUCCAUGGCAGAAUAAGUGCCACCAGAGAUCUCUCCCCAAAUCGUCAAUCUCUUACAACAUGACUAUCACACAGGAGCUGGAAUAAUAUCCCAUGUGAUAACCCAUGCACACGAAGUAGAACAGACGAUGUCUGAAGAAUGUGUCUGAAGAAUGUUCACUGGAGAAUGUUGUCUGGAUCUCCGCCCCAAACACUCGUCUUUACACUGGUAGAGUUUUUCCAAUCUCGUGUACAGUUUCUUCUCCACAGGUCAAGUAGAAAUUCAAUUCCUAGAACAUCAAUUCUCGAUAUUCAGCUCUGGCUAAUCACGUAGUCUUGCUACAAACUGCUGUGCGAAUACCUUGAUACGGAAUUGUUAAGCCACAUCUGAAUCGCACUUCUUCUUCUCGAUAUUAUUGCAUCGAAGGAGCCUCAGAUGAAGGUCUCAGAAAUCGGAAUCAAUGUUGUAACAAUGGACGUACUGUACUCUUUCACAUUUCGCAAAUUUAACCUUGUGUCCAUUUUGCUUGACUCUGCUGUGGAAGAGUUCAACGAGAGAAUAGGUUGACA